AUGAUCAGCCAACAUUCGAUCUCAACAAAUUCAGAUAAUUCAAAGAAAGGAACUGUUAAACCUCGCAAAGUCACAUCUAAUCCUGAUGUUAUAACUCACUGCGAGGUCGACGACAGUAACACGACGCUUUUGCCGGAUGAAAAAUUAACGAGAAUGGAAGCCGAAGAGACAAUAAAGUUGCUUGAGAUUAUACAUGAUCUUAAGUUUUUUCUGCUAACGGCGCCAGUUAACUGGCAUGAAAAUCAGGUUAUUAGACGGUAUUACUUGAACAAAGAGGAGGGAUUUGUCUCUUGCGUGUAUUGGAACAAUCUUUACUUUAUUACAGGAACAGACAUAGUUCGUUCCGUAGCGUACAAACUUGAAUUGUUUGGACGAAAGAUUGUCGAUCGCAAGAAACUUGAGGAGGGCAUUUUUAGUGAUCUUAGGGCUCUGAAAUGUGGAACAUCCGCUGUUCUUGAAAUGCCAAAAUCAAAAUUUCUCAGAUUUUUACAUAGGAACCAAUGCCUUCGUACACAGAAGAAGCAAAAAGUAUUUUUUUGGUUUAGUGUACCUCAUGAUAGACUAUUUCGGGAUGCAUUAGCUCGUGAUUUAGAAAGAGAGCUAAAUGGAAUUCCAGGUGCUACUGUUUCAAAUACAAAGUUUUCAAGAAGUUUUCAUUAUGAUCAUUCCAAGGGUCUUAUUCCCCAACUUCGUUCACACAUUCUUGCACAAACAGGAAAGGACUUCAUUUAUAUUAUUAGCGAUACUCAGGAAGAUCCAGCGGCAGAAGCGGUGGAGAAUAACAAGCAGUUAGAGAAUGAUUUGAAGACGAAUGAUACGCAGGGUCGACCUUCUGAAGUUAAGGCCGAGUCUUCCUCUAAACUGGACAGUACACAAUUGGAAAAGGAAAAAUCAGAGGUCGAAUCAUCGCCAGAUUUUCCAUUGGAUUAUAUUCAAAAUGAUCCUUUUCUAUUCAACGUUGAUGGAGUUGGCUCAGUGGCGGAGGGUAAUGAUUUCACUUAUGUACAGAAUCCUUCAUCUGCUUUCCAGCCAGAUCAGCCAGCUCUUUGGUUAAUAUCACCACAAGGUUUGGGUGUAUCGGAUGAUCUACUUUUAGAUCAGGCUACCCCGGUUGUUCCUGUUUUUAAUACUGCAACUCCAGCACACUUACGGUUGCCAUGGUCAACUUUUGCUCCAAAUGCACCACGUACUUUGUGGAAUUCCGGCACUUCGCCAUCUCAUUUGGGCUCUCCAGGACUUGCAAUGCUUACUACACAGUCCCAAAUGGAUACGAAAAGAGGCCGAAACUCUUCAGAUUUAAAACACACAGAGGAGCUGGACAGUGAAGUAAAGCUAGGAAGUGACAAAACAAAAUCCCAAUGCAUGUACACGUUUGUCCCUGGGGCGUCUUCUCUUGCGAGCUCUGGUCUCUCGGCCAUGAGUCUGAGAGGCAAUAUUGACAAGGAUAGUGCAAACUUCGAAAACGAGACAAAACAGAUCCUAACAGUGCCUACAAUGACGGCUGGUGGGGAGCCAACUUUUUCUGCAGUUUUGUCACCUAUGGUUGAUACUGCUGGAGACAACUUACGAUACUACUACGGAGCCUCUCCGUACUUUGCUGAUUUUCCAACUUUGCCGUUCAGCCGACCAUUUAGUGCAAUCAAAAGCUCUAACGAGGGCAAAAGAAGCACAACCUCUCCAGCAAUCAACACUGUAACUGGCAGUAGAACGCAAAACAAGAUACAUUCAGUCGAGGGAGGCCGUAUUAAGAAGCCGAAAAAGAACCAUUUGUUGAACCCGUCGCUAAGACACCUUGAUUUGGAUUUGGACUUGGGCAAAAAUGCAGAAUUGGAGAGUACAACAAGGGAUGUUGGGGAAACAAAGACAGAUGAAUUGUCAAAUAAACGCCAAUCGUAA